AUGCAUCUCUGGCGGGAUCAUAAGGAAGGUGGUGGUAGUGGUGACGGUCAAGGUGCCCAUGAUACCGGGUCGGGAUCAGGAUUGGGAUCAGCAGGAACAGCAACAACGGAACCGGGAUCGGGUAUAGGAGGACAUGGACAUGGACAUGGACAUGGACAUGGAGGAGAGGGAAACAUUACCACGAGUCCGGGUUCACAAACACAACAGCAGCAGCACGAUGACGGAGGCUCAAACAAACAAGGCUCCAUUCGCCGAAACUUUCGAAAGGUGGUUCCCGGCCUACCUCGAGCUCAGACAUUCAAGAGACAGCAAUCCGAACAGCGCGACCAUCUCCAACCUGUACAACCUACCCCUGCCGAACGCAGAGCUGCUUCAGUCGAUAGACGCAUGCAUGCGACAAACAGUGCAUCGACAUCGCUGGUUGGAUUGGGUGUAGGAGCCGCCGCUGCCUCACUUCCCAGGAGCAGCGCGCCAAACUUCCAUCAUCACCACCACUUCGGCCGCUCUUCACAUAUCUCCCAGGCUGAGUCCUCCAUUCCUUCGUUACCGGCGAUCCCUCAAGAACAUGCCAGCACCCGAGGCUUGAACGGACAUGAGCUAGAGCAAGAACUCGACAAGAACUACCACGACCAUCACGGCCUGUUGCGAGCUCCUGGUUCUACUCAUGUUCAUGGGUCAGAUGCUGCCGUUUCAGACUGCGAUGCGCACUCGAUAACAUCCUCCCAGUACCACAACAUGAUACACGACGAGCUGGAGAAGAUAUGGAUUCUGAACCUGUCGAUGCACUUUCGCGACAAGUCCAAGAGAGAAAAGUUCUUCGUGACAUAUCGACAGAACGACUCGCUAUGGCGCAGGGUGACGGUGUCACUAGACUACCGUGAUGCUCAGGAAAAUUCAUUGGAGGAGGAGCUGGUCGAUAUCAAGUUCCAGCGUGACAAGAGUUCGAGGAUAUACGAGGCGAUUCGAGACAGUCUGGGGGACAUACAGUUCUACCCUACCGUCACGAACCUGAAGCUACAAACCACGGAUGGGAGGUUACAUGUCCACGUGGUGGAAGACGUCAAUGAAAUCAUCAGCUACCCAACCGUGCGCAUGAUCCAUCACAUGCGCUGCCCGCGCAUCAAAGAAUCCGAAGUCGAAUUCGACUCCCACCUUUCCGGCUUUGUCUACAAAGUCCGUGUCAACGACGAGACCCUGAUCAAGAAAGAAAUUCCCGGCCCCGACACCGUCGACGAGUUUCUCUACGAGAUCAACGCGCUCAACCGCUUGCGCGCCGCCGAGAACGUCAUCGAGUUCUACGGCGUCAUCGUCGACGACUCGGGCGAGCACGUCAAGGGUCUGCUGAUCAGUUUUGCUGAGCACGGUGCCCUGAUAGAUAUCAUUUACGACUACCAGCUCCAGGGCGGCCUUCCCUGGUCUACACGCGAGCGCUGGGCGCGCCAGAUAGUUAGCGGUCUGGCGGAUAUACAUGAGGCCGGGUUUGUGCAGGGAGACUUUACGCUGUCCAAUAUUGUCAUCAACAAUGAGUGGAAUGCAAAGAUCAUCGACAUCAACCGCCGCGGCUGUCCGGUGGGUUGGGAGCCACCUGAGGCAACGCCGCUGAUCGAGAGUAGUCAGCGGAUAUCCAUGUACAUUGGCGUCAAGUCCGAUCUGUACCAGCUGGGUAUGGUGCUCUGGGCUUUAGCGACACAGGAAGAUGAGCCUGAGGCUCACGCCCGGCCGUUGAGGAUUGGGCCCGAAGUGACGGAUGUGCCAGAUUGGUACGUCGAGAUCGUGAAUAUCUGUCUAGAUCCCAACCCCCGCAAGCGGAGACAGGCACUGGACUUGCUGGAUAUGUUCCCCGAGCCAGAGCCAGUCGAGCAAAGCCAGUAUAGCUACCAUAACCCGGAGUCGGUGUCGGUUGAUGAUGGGUACUCGCGCCAGGAGUAUCUAGUUGGCACGGAGCCGACGAACGGGGUACCGAAGAUUAUCAAAACGGUUGAGUCGCCGUCGGAUCGCGGGUGGGAUUAUUUCAGCAGCAAUGCUGGUGGUGCUGCAAGUGGUAUCGGGAGGGGUCGUCAGGAUGCGAUUUCUCCUGCACCUUCAGAAGACCAGCACUGGUAUCCGCCACGGGGUAGAUCGCCGCCUUCUCCUCUCCCGAGUGAUGGCGGGUAUGACGACCCGGCGAGAUUCCGACAUCACUUGCGUCCUUGGGGAAACAGCAGUACUUACCAGGAGCCAAGUAACCUGACCGUUCCUUCGUCGUAUGGCGGUAGGCAAGCUAGCAACUACACGGAAUCCGACGUAAGCGAUAUUGAGAAUCAAAACGAAGCAGGAGAACCAUCAAGGAAAUCUGCCCAGCAACAGGACCCCAGAAUCUCCUCCACCUCCUUCAUCUCCACCGCCCCCUCGGGCGACACCGACGCCGCCUCUACGUCCCUCAACGACUCCAUCCUCCGCGAAGCCCUCAAAUGGCGACCCAAAACCGCCCCCUCCAGCGCUCCCACGGGGGCCACAGCCAACAACAUCAAAUCCCACGACCUUACACUCCGCGAACAAUACGAUACGAAAGGUCCCAGCAGCAACAGUCCCAGAGCCGCAGCAGCAGAACCGCAUUUCAACACCACCCAAUCCCACCAUAACCAAACCCGCUCCAGCCGCGCCCAUAACCACUACGACAAUUCCAACUCCGACGCCGAGGAAGAAGACGGCAACGACAGCAGAAGAGAAAAACCGCUUUCUCGCGCCGACUCAGGUAAAUACUUCACCGAACCCACCAGCCUAAAACCAGGAUCCGGGCCCGGGCCAGAUCUAGCCUACGCAGCUAUCAACGAGGCGAGAGAUAGAGAUAGGCUGGAGCAGCAGUUUAGGAUGGAGGCCGCGGAUGCGAUGAUGACUGGGCGGUAUCAUGAUUAUGAUCACGGGCAUGGGCAGCACCAAGAUCAUAGUCAUAAGGGCCGGGAUCGAGAGUCUGGGUAUACAAACCGUGGGGAUCGGAAUAGCAACGGUAACGGCAACUCGCAACUGGAAAGGGACCGGGAGAGGGAAUACGAACGGUAUGGGAGUGGGAAGGAGUUGGAUGUUUUGAAGGGGAUUGGGGGCGGGGCUUCGGGAGGUUAUGAUUUACCUUCCAGGGAGAAGGGGAAACAUUAUGAGGAAGAGGGGGAGGAUGAGAUUGAUAUGGAUUUGUUUGCCGGUCAACGGCAACAUCAGCAUGAGCAUCAGCAUCAACCUCAACAUCAACACCACAGCAACUACGAAAUGACGAGGACCUGA